ACGAGGAUUUGAAGAGUCGCGGUUAAAGGUAUCAAAACGGCGAAGAUAUACGAUUAGGGCAGAUUGCUCAAAUAAGCAAUAAAUCGCCUGGUAUGAAGAUGGGUUUCUGUUGUUGUCAGAGUCAGCCAUGGAGACAACAAAGUUGAAUGUCUGCGUUUGAUUUGUUGGAUGACUUUGACUUCAUUUGACGGACUUUGUCCCUGAAAUCUAGAAAUUUCUCCGAAACAGACAAUGAUGUUAUUUUUUAAAGCACGUUGAAGGGAGGAGACCAGGACGGCGGCAGGACCAAAGACAUCAACUUGUCACUUGACUUUGGUUUCUUUCUUCAAGAUUCAUCGGAUCGUCGGUGGAAUCCAUUGCGCUCUCUCUGUCUCUCUCUCUGACGAGGUCUUUUCCAUUUUAGGGUUAUGAAGACGGGUUUCUGUUGCUCUCGGACACGGAGACACAACGAAGUUGAAUGCUUCUGUGUUUGAUUCUGUUGGAAGAAUUUUGACUUCCUUUGAUGGAGUUUGUGUCUGAAAUCCAGAAAUUUCUCCGAAAUGGAAAGAAAAAAUGGAUUUUUCUGGUUGGAGCUGUGGCUUUCACUCAUAUCUUACUUUUCCAAUCUUUAGUUGUCCCUUUUGACAAGCUUAGAUUGUCCGAUGAGACGGCUUCAUCAGAAAACGCUGUUCUUAGAAACCGGUUUUCAGUUCAGGAAUCCGAUGUUUCUGCUGCCUCUGGACUUUAUGUCUUGGAGAAAACUGAUCAUGUUUCAGUGUUUGGUAAUGACGAUGGCCAAGAAAGAGGGAACAGCGUGGUCAUGAUGGGAACCGGCUCUCAUGGCAAUGAUGGUGAAUCGGGUUUGAAUGCAGGUGUAGAUAAUGACAUAGACGACGAUGAAGGGUUAGAUGACAGGAUUGAUUUAGAGAGAUUUGAAGACGAAAACGAUAUCGUCGAGGAACUAGCUGAUAGUAGCAAAGACCGAAUUCCUCAAGGGAAAGCUGACAAGCAAAGAGAGGAAGUUUCGAUGGAUAAGUACACGAAUCAGGUGCAGAAAUUUGAGUCCUCAAAAGCAAACUUAUCGGUACAGAACACGAAGAAUGUGAAAAGACCUACAUCAAGUGUAGUCUCCAUUGUCGGUAAUGCUACCUUGACCAGGAAUCUCCAUGUUUUAGAGAACGGUUCCUUGCCGAUCUCUAAGCGAGUGAAGAGGAAAAUGCGGUGUGAAAUGCCACCAAAGACCGUGACUACGAUAAAUGAGAUGAAUCAGAUACUAGUAAAGCACCGUAGAUCUUCACGUGCAAUGCGACCACGUUGGUCUUCUAGACGGGAUGAAGAGAUAUUGGCUGCAAAGAAGGAGAUAGAGAAUGCUCCCGAUGCAUCAAAUGAUCGACAACUUUAUGCUCCAAUCUUCCGGAACGUUUCCAUGUUUAAGAGGAGCUACGAGCUUAUGGAACGGAUACUCAAGGUGUACGUAUACAAGGAAGGUAGCCGGCCCAUUUUCCAUACGCCGAUACUAAAGGGAUUAUAUGCAUCGGAAGGAUGGUUCAUGAAACUGAUGGAAGGAAACCGGCAUUAUACAGUGAAGGACCCGAGGCGUGCUAACUUAUACUAUAUGCCGUUCAGUGCGCGGAUGUUAGAGUACAAACUUUACGUGCGUAAUUCUCAUAACCGAACAAAUCUACGUCAGUAUCUUAAGGAAUACACCGAGCAUAUUGCUUCGAAGUACCCUUUCUUCAACAGAACGGGUGGAGCCGAUCAUUUUCUUGUCGCCUGUCAUGAUUGGGCACCAUAUGAAACAAGACACCAUAUGGAGCAUUGCAUAAAAGCGCUGUGCAACGCUGACGUGACCGCAGGGUUCAAGAUCGGGAGAGACGUCUCUCUUCCCGAGACGUACGUCCGAGCGGCCAAAAACCCGCUUCGGGAUCUGGGCGGAAAACCUCCGUCUCAGAGGCGGAUUCUCGCGUUCUAUGCGGGAAGCAUGCACGGUUACUUAAGGCAGAUCCUGCUAAAUCACUGGAAAGACAGAGAUCCCGAGAUGAAGAUCUUCGGGAGAAUGCCACGGGGUUUCGAGAGCAAGAUGAACUACAUCGAUCACAUGAAAAGCAGCAAGUAUUGCAUCUGCCCGAAAGGGUACGAAGUGAACAGCCCGAGGGUCGUGGAAUCGAUCUUCUACGAGUGCAUUCCCGUCAUUAUCUCUGACAAUUUCGUGCCUCCGUUCUUCGAAGUUCUCGAUUGGGACGCGUUCUCGCUCGUUCUGGCGGAGAAAGAUAUCCCGAGACUGAAGGAGAUAUUGACGUCGAUACCCGAAGAGAAGUACCUGAGGAUGCAGACCGCAGUUAGGAAGGCGCAAAGGCAUUUCCUCUGGCAUGCGAAACCAGAGAAACACGAUCUGUUUCAUAUGGUGCUUCACUCUAUUUGGUAUAACAGAAUGUUCCAGGCAAAGCGUAGAUGAUGAUGAUGAUGAUGAUGAUGAUGAUGGUGAUGAUGAUGAUAAAAAGGCUCUUCUUACAAGAGUCUGUUUCUGUUAAAGAUUUUUGCAGUUUUGUUGUUGUUGUUGUUUGUAACAUGUGAAAAUGUGAGAAAAACUAUGUGGGUUGGAGUUUAUUUUUGUAAAUAAAUAUUUGUUAUAAUUUGGAUUUUCGAAGAAAGAA